ACAACAAACAACGAAAUUUAAAAAUACGUCGCCAAAAACGCGCCACCGAUGUGGUGCGGGAUCGCUGCCAUCUACCGGUGUAGAAAUGAAGAGAAACAACGGUCGUUAUCGCCAGUGAUUUCCGUCUGUUGUUUACGCGAUAAGCCGGUAUCUCUGACGUGCGCGGUGAUAACAGCGCUUGUAAAUCGUUUCCUGAAAAUAACAACAACAAUAAUAAUAAUAAUAAUAAUAAUAAUCUGCCCAUCGCCGUGUUGCUGCGGACGUUCCUCACGGCGGCCGUAAAGUGCGCCCACGUUACGGUAUCACGAUUCGCGACUGUCAAUAAUUAUCGUCAUUUGCCACGACGUGGGGAAGACGAUAUUGAUGACCCCAUCGUAAUAUCGUAGUCAUCACAAUAAUUGAUCGUCUUUAGCAAUAAUUUUGAUGGAUACGUGCGUGCAGUACGAGUACAGACCGCACCAUACAAUAACACGACAACAAUAAUAAUAAUAAUAAUAUUAUAGUGGGUGUGUGCGUGCGGCGUGUGCGUGUGCGUUUGCGUGCGUGUGUGGCAAUCCGUCGUGGUCGCUCGCGUUAUCCAAGUUCCCAAUUCCCAAUCGGUUCGACCCGAUAAAGAAUAAAUGCUCUGAGUGGCUGGCGCGUUCCGACCGACUCAUUUAGACCGCCGUACGACGUGGCACGAUUAAUGUUUAUCAUCCGUGUGUCGCGCACCGCGUUGGUCUCGUUGAACCGCACUAUGGACCGUCCACGUUUCAGAAGACGACCCUCGACGACGUCCGCCACCGACUCCUCUGUCAUCUACGAUUUCGGCGUCACCGACGACGUUUAACGCGUACGUCAAGCACGUCGUCACCCCUCCCGGGCAAGAGACGCACGCCGAGGAUAAGUAAACCCGGAUCCGGCGCACAGAGACGAUCGACGGCUGGACUCGGGGCAUGUAAAGACAUGUGCGGCGUCGACACCAAAAUGGCACAAACCAAAGCGCUGAUAUUGGUCGGCGGUUACGGCACCCGUCUGCGACCACUCACGCUCAGCCGGCCAAAGCCGCUCGUCGAGUUUGCCAACAAGCCGAUGAUACUCCAUCAGAUCGAAGCCCUGGUCACAGUCGGUGUGCGAGAGGUAAACAUGUUCACCAUCUAGAACCACGGCGUUUGCCAUGUCUUUGUACACCUCUAAUCGCCCCUCCGGCUGCGUGAUUUGUCAUUCGACACCUCUGUGGCGUCUUGCACAAGGUUAUAUUGGCUGUUUCGUACCGUGCUGAACAGAUGGAAAAAGAGAUGAGUGACGAAGCCAAGAAACUUGGUGUUCAACUAGUUUUUUCACAUGAAUCUGAACCGCUUGGCACGGCUGGACCUUUAGCUCUAGCCAAACAUUUGUUGGCCAAUGAACAAAACCAGCCAUUUUUUGUUUUGAACUCUGAUAUUAUUUGUGAGUAUCCAUUUAAAGACUUGAUUGCGUUCCAUAAAUCGCAUGGUCGUGAAGGUACAAUUGUGGUGACUAAGGUUGAAGAGCCAUCCAAGUAUGGUGUUGUGAUGUAUGAUGAAGGCACUGGUCGCAUAGAAAGUUUCAUUGAAAAACCACAAGAGUUUGUCUCUAACAAAAUCAAUGCAGGCAUUUACAUUUUAAAUCCGUCUGUGUUGGAUAGAAUUAAGUUGGAGCCAACAAGCAUUGAAAAAGAAGUGUUUCCGUUUAUGGCCCAAGACGGUCAAUUAUAUGCGUUUAACUUGAAAGGAUUCUGGAUGGAUGUAGGACAACCAAAAGAUUUCCUAACUGGAAUGUGCAUGUACUUGACAUCAUUAAAGACACGUAGUCCAACUUCAUUGUAUUCUGCUGAUGGUGUCGUUGGUAAUGUUCUAGUUGAUCCAACUGCGACUAUAGGUGAAGGUUGUAAAAUUGGUCCUAAUGUUACUAUUGGUCCAAAUGUAACUGUUGAAGAUGGUGCUUGCUUAAGAAGGUGUACCAUACUAGCGGGAGCUACAGUUAAAUCACAUACGUGGUUGGAUUCUUGCAUAAUUGGUUGGCGUUCAGUAGUUGGAUGUUGGGUGCGUAUGGAAAAUACUACCGUACUUGGAGAAGAUGUUAUUGUUAAAGAUGAAUUGUACAUUAAUGGUGGACAGGUUUUACCACACAAAUCAAUCAGUACUUCAGUACCUGAUCCUCAAAUUAUUAUGUGAUUAAUAUUAUUUUAUUUGUAAAAAAUAUUUUAAUUAUUAUUAAUUGUUAAUUUUUUAUUUUUGUGUACAUAAUUGGGGUUUCAUUAAUUUUUAUUUAUCAAAUAUUGAAUCUGCGCAAAAAAGGUCAAUCUUAAUCUUUUUGGAUAAAUGUAUCCUAAGACCAGGCAAAUAAAAAGAUCAAAGCUUAUUCUUAUAUUUAAUUCAUUAUGAUGAAACGUCGGUUCUGACAGUUCAGAUUUCAUAACUGCCAUACACAGAAAGGUUGGACCUUUCGGUUCCCGAAGUGCAGAAUUAUAUUAUAAAAAACAAUUAUUGUAGACAUAUUGAAUAGCUAUUUAUUUUGUAACCUACCAUAUUAAAUUAGGUUAAUGAGCAUGAUUCAUGCAAAUACUAUAUUGGAAAAUAAACAAUUAUUUUUUUAUUAUUUUUUAAAUUUAUUUAAUUCAAAAACACUUGCUUGAAAUCAUUUCAUUUAAAUUAUAACUAUCAAAAAUUGGUAGAUUUCAACAUUUUAUUAUGUACUCACAUUUUUGUUUACAUUGAUUUUAUGUUUUUCACAAGUAAACAACACCUUUGUUAUUAUGUGUAUGAUAGUAUAAAUAAUAUUAGUAAAAAAAAAAAUAUAUAUAUUUUUAAAUGGUAAAAAUUAAGACUAUUGUUUAUAUUAUGUUAAUUACAUUAACUUAACAAUAGUCGGUAAUCUAAAUAUUGUUAUGUUAUUUAGUUAUCAUAACAAGACUUGUAUUACAAUAUUUGAAAGAUCUAUUACAUUUGAAAAACAUAAUUAAUUAGUAAAUAAUAACUAAUAACUACUAUACACAUAAAAAUAAAACAGGUAAAAAAACACUAUUGAGUAUCUCCUACACAAACGUGUAUUUCAUCACUAAUACAUUUAACAAAUCAUUUAUUUUAUUAUUUUUUAAUUGUUACAUAUAUUAAUUUAUAUAAUUUAUUAAUACAUUCAUGGUUAUCAAUCAUGAGACUCAAUAAACAUCUACUAAAGAUAAAGAAAAACAAAUUGUUCAACGCAUUUUUUAUUAUUUAUAUCAGAUUUUAUUCCAAAAAUAUAAUUUAUUUUAACUUUUUUUAUUGUUUAUUUUUAUAUACAUUUUGUAAUAUUUAUAGUUAUAAAAUAUGUUUCAAAACCACUUAUUAUAAAAAACUAUAAAUCCAAAUAUUUUGAUUUUGAAAUAAGUAGAAAAAAUAUUUUAUAUACGAGUUAUAUUUUGAAGGUAACAUUUUUUGUUUAUUUUUUAAUCACAUUAAAAAUUUAAAACUAUGUUUAACUUUCUGUACCAUUCUGCUGAAUAAAAUCAUUUAUAUUUACAUA